GGAGCCGGAGACGAUUGCGGCGACUGUGCGUCUUAUCUCGAAUCUCGAAUCUGGUGGCGUUGCCGAAUUUAGCCAGAAAUCACGUAGCAGGUGCCACAGCGAAAUUCUUAUGAAGCCGCGCAUUAGACAAUGCAAUCAAAUUGAUUAAGUGAAAUGUUCAACUAAUAUAGAAACAUCAAUAAGUAUAUGUUUUUUGACGACUUACGAGAUGAACAACCCGAUAGUCGCUUACCAACACAACUGGCGACAAUCGAAGAAUUUGCUAGUUUGUUUACUUAACAUGAUGCUUGGCUUUAGAGUGUUGCUGGCUCUGCUCGUUGUUGCGAUAUCCAACCAUGAGGCAACUGGAGUGGAUCACGACACAAUGCUCUGCUCCAAUGACAACACUCCGAUGUGUGCGCAAAGUCAAGGUGAAUAUCUGCUAUUUAAGAACGAGUGCGACUUAAGGAAGGCUCAGCGCGAGAAUCUGAUGGGUGCCCCACUGUUUGAUGUAGCUCUGCACAACUGCGUGCCCAGCUGUGAGUUCGAGUGCCACGAUGGCUUUCAUCCCAUUUGUGGCGUCAGUGUCGCUUCCAACGAGCGAAAGACCUUCAGGAAUCGCUGUGAGAUGGCGCGCACUUCCUGCAACUCCAAAUCCGAUUGGUUGGUCUACAAGUGGGGCGCUUGUCCCAGCAGCAAGAGUCAACCCAAGCAACAGACUCAAGCAGCACACACUGUGUUCGUGGGUCAACGCAAGCGUCGUCGUCCUAUUCCCUGCACCAAUGUCUAUCGUCCUGUCUGCGCUGGCUAUGCAGGAGUAAAGUCUACUUUCUCCAAUGAGUGUCUGGUCAAUGCGGAGAACAUUAGAACCAGAAGAAAUUGGCGCGUCAUUUCCGAAGGCUUGUGUGGCGAGGACAGCACCAAGAUGAAGCACAGUCGCAAAUACAAACCAAAGUACAAGCCGAAGGUGGAGGUGGAGCGCAGCAAGCGCAGUCACAAGCAACUCAAUCAACUAGACGACUUCGAGAUCUCUGAGGAUGCUGUGCAAAUCUUUGCUCCCUCCACAUUUCACACGCAGUUCAUCAGCAAUUCGGGCACCAUGGAGAAGAGUUACUCGCUGCCUGCUCGAAAGCCCUACAUGGCAACCAUGCCCAAAAGCAGGCACAUUUAUGGCAGUGACCCGGUGAAGGCAGAGGAGAAGCCACAGCUGAAGGCAGAAGAAGAACAAUCACAGUCGAAGCCAUGUGUGUUCAGUAAUGAACCCGUUUGUGGCAGCUUUAAUGGCGAGAGUCGCACAUUUCCCAAUGUCUGCGCCCUGAUGGAAUACAGUCAAGCUGUGGGCCAUGCUUGGACCAUUUUGUAUGACGGCAGUUGCCGGAGCUGCGAUAAGCCCUGUCCCACGGUCUAUAGUCCGAUUUGCGCCAAUCGCAAUGGCAUUAGCUACACCAUCAUCAACGAAUGCUAUUUGGAGCGUGUGCGCUGCAAGGAUCCCAACAGUGAUUGGAAGAUCACACAUAAGGGCGAGUGCACAGUACUCAACGAUGAGGUGUCGCAGAGCAUCCCAAAGCCCAGUCCUAAGCCAUCGUCCCGCAUUCACGAUAUGCUCUAUGCAACCAAGCACCAGGUGGAGAGCAGCAGCACAAUUUCACCAACAACAACUCCGAAAGCAAUUACAACUUCAACUCCGCGUCGCCAGUUGAGAAAACCUAAACGUCCGACACCCACACCAAAGGAUUUGAGCAACCGGAAGAUACGUAAAAUUGAACUCUUUGGCUUUGAUGGCUACGCACCCAAGGAGACGCAGCCCAUAAAGAUGCCAGUGACUUCCAAACUGUGGUCACCCAAGGACAAUUGGCUGUUGCACCAGAGUCUGGACGAAGAGAAGAACAAGUACAACAAGAAGACCAGCCAUAAGAAGGCGCACAGUGAAAAGUAUCCACUGUACAAUUGGGCAAACAUUACAACAACUCCGGCACCGACAACUCAGUCGAUGUUCACAACAGCUGCAACCACAACAACUACUGCAACUACUCGUGCCCCGACGACCACAAUCACAAUCGAAGAUGACAUCACCAGUGCAGAGCAGCUAAUGAAUCUCGAGACGGACUCCGAAAUUCUUUUCAUGAUGGGCACAACUCCGCAAGUAGCAGAAUUCUUGGAAACUGAAGCUACCACACGAACAUCGUUCACUUUGGCCACCACAGCUGCAACAACGCCAACACCAACAACUUGGUCAACUACCACAACAACACCAAGAACAACUGCGGCUAUAACCACGUUGCCACCCAUAACCGAACCAGAGGCAGAGAGCACAAUUAUUGAUGAUGCAACCACAGAAAUUUUUGAUGAAACCACAACAAACAGAUCUACAAAAACUACAACAAGUGGCACUUCCACAAUGUCGAACGAAAUAUCAACAACUCAAAACUCGGACUAUUUGACAGAUGAGUCGUUGCAGGAUCAAAGUAAACAAACCUCCAUAUAUGGUCUUGAUAAAAACUCUCUGAUCAUGCGUUUGCUACGCGCCAGAAGCAGUAAGAAUAUAGUACUCUAAUUUCAUUUGUUAAUUAAUAUUUACAUAGUCUAAGCUAUCAAUUGAUUUUAUUUUAUAGAGCCAGUGAUAUGAGUGCUCUGUAUAUUUUGUAGAGUUUUCAAAAUAAAUUGUUACAUUUUAAAAU